UGCUAGCUAACGUUAGCCCGUGAACAAAAGGGAGCACGCCUCCAUCUGUUAACAAGCGAGUCUGAGCGACUUAGUCAUUGUCUGCUGACCGGCUGAUAUUUAUAUUCACCCGCGGUGCUCUCAGUUCCUAGUGGGCAUCAUGGAUCCAAAUCAGUGUGGUCGCGGUACCUGUUACCUGGCUAUUAGCUAACAUUGCAGCUUAAGUACCGUACUUACUCUGGGUAUACGUUAAGGAUGCUAUCAGUUAGCUAUCUAGCUAGCGUGCGAUAGCUAUGUCCUAUUGUGAUGCUUUGGUAAAAUAACCUUGGCACUGAAGCGGGGAAUAAUUUUUGUGUGAUGUUUCUAAAGUAAACUGUCCAUUCAACCCCUUUGUGAGUUGAACUUGUAUCUAAUGUUACGGUAUCAGUUGUUAGCACAAUUAGCAGCGCUUUAAAGUGAAUUGUUCGUUUGAUAAUGUAGCUAGCGCGACUUGGCUAACGCGGCGCCAGCUUUUGCAACGGCCUUGUUGAAUUAGGAAAUCAUGUAUCCAUAUGUGGCUACACGGUAUCACGAUGGUACGGAGUGUUAACAGUUCCUUAGGCCUCGGAGUGACAAAACAUUUGUGGCGAUUCUCUCCAUUGUUGGGCCACCGGGUCUUGAAUACGGCUUGCCUGCCUGGGCCGUGACUACAUUUAUAUUUGCAGAUUGAGGAGGCUGUGCUCUUGUUAGCAGCGCCUCAUCAACGGUAAUGAUGAGCUCCUAUCGUAAUAUUCCGGUUGUCCAUUACUGCUCGCUAGGGCCUGGCAUCUGCUGUUGUUGGCUGCGACAUUUUGACGGUUGUUGUUGGAACAAAAUGGUACUGUCAAGAGUUGCAGUUCAUACAAUUAUUUAGGAUAGACAUUUUACGGAGGAAAUGAUGGAGUCAAAUAACCAUUUCAACUAUGGCACCCACUCCUCAGCAAACUCAGGACUGAAACUCUCAGGGGAUUCUCCUUAUGCGAAUGGGUCCUCCAUGAGUUUUCCUCAGCAGGCGAAGAAUAUUAACGGUGAAAUGAAUGUGAAUGGCGUCACUACUGUACUUGGGUCCAGUGUACCUGGUUCCCAACCACCAACGGCUUCUUACCCACACAUGAGCAACCACCAUCAGAGCAACAUGGGCUAUGACUACUUGUGGGGAGGACACCCUCAGUAUGGUCCAGCAAUGGGUACCUCUCCUGGGCAUGGGAUGCACCAAAAGCAGCCUUCACCUGGGAUGGUACAGCCUCAGUCACAGCACCACUUCCAGGGCCAAGGACAGUACCAAGUGAAUGGCGGUAUUGAAAGUUCCCACCAGUCCCCUGUGGCAGGCCCACCAAACAUGCCUCUUACUGGAAGUCAGUACUGGAACAGGAGUAAUGCUGGCCCACAGCAGAUGGGUUAUAAUUCCCACAGCAUGUACGGGACAUACCAGGGUCAGGCACAUCCUGGGAUUACGACGUCCCAGCAUCACCAGCAGCAAUCCUUACUUCCUCCCCCGCAUCAGCCGUCACAGCAGCACCCACACUCUCACCAUCACCACCAGCAACCUCAACAUUAUGGCAUGCUGCCUAAUGGGAUGCCCUACUACCAGCAUCAGUCCCAGCAUCCCUCCCUGCCAUCUCCGGAGCAGCAGCCGCCACAGCAGUCUCAGCCCCAAGGCCAGGCUCAGAUGAUACCCCCAGCUGCUCAGAAUUUUACACCACCACGUGGCAGCCCACAGCACCAUAGUUUUGGCAGAGGGGGUACUGGCAGCCCUCUCCCUGUGAGCAUGCCUUCAGCACCAAUUAUGUCACCGUCAACAGUGCAGGAUAGUGGAUCACCCAAGGGCCACAACAGGGAACGGAGCCCCCAUGCUGGUAACGUGGGAUUGUCUUCUGUCAUGCAAGGUGACCACUUGACAUGGCAUACGAGGGAAGCUGUUAAAGAGGGCGACACUAGCUAUAAUGGCAGCGAACGAACAUGUGUUGCACAGAGGCUACCCAAAACUGACAGUCACCCACCCAAACCUUCUGUGCCUCAUGUGUCAUCAGCAAGUGAUUAUCGACAGCAUUCUGAACAGCCAGCAGCUCAGCAUCCAGAAAUGGCUUCACCUGUCAGAGACGCAGCCAGUUAUCCACCUCACCAGUCUGUGUCGUCUCAGCUUUCUGCAUCUACAUCACCCACAGCAGUGUCAACGUCUUUAGUUAAGGCCUCUGUGGCUCCUGCUGUUUCUGGAUCUCCCACAUCUGCACAUGGGCCCCCACUUGUUUCAUCUCAUGAUUUAGAAUCUCCUCCACCACAAAUCUCAACACCCCCAAGCAUGUUCUCUGCUCCAUCUCCAACUGCUUCUCCCAGACUUUCCUCACCUCCGCUGAUGGUACAAGGCCUCAGGCCUCCCACUUCUACUGCAACUGAGAUAUCCUCUGCUGGAUCUAAGCAUCUGUCAGCGGGGUCCUUUUCUUCUUCUUCUCUGCCCAUACCACCUUUAGCUUUGGCUGAUAGCGUUUCUAGACCUGCCCCGCUUUCUUCUUUCCCUUCAGCCUGUUUUCCAUCAGAGUCUGUGACCCAUCAGAACAAGCAAGAAUUGCCUCCUACAGCAUCUUCUUACACAGUGUCUGCACCCGUGUCAUCACUUCAGCAGAUGGUUCAAGGGUCCAGACAGCCUUGCUUUCCCGAGUCAUCUGGAACUCAGCAUGAAAAACAUGGACCUCCAAAACUGAUGUCUGCCACUUUGUCAGUUGGAAAAUCCUCAUCAGCCGGUGUGGCUCCAUCUCUUGUGUCAGUAUCAGGAUCUCUGACCUCAACACCACCUGACUCUUGUUUAUCAACAUCUCAAACUCCCACAUCUGUGCCAGUAAGUCCUUCUGCAGACAGUAAACGUUGUGUACCAGCGUCUAUACCCCGGCACGGUACAUACACUCCUCCAGCUGUUGACUCUGGUCAUUCCACUGCUUCUGCAGCCUUGUCACCACCGGAAGUGGUGAACGUAUCCUCUUUAGCAGCUCACAAAAGUCCUAUAGUCCGACCUCUGUCUACCCUACCUCUUCUAACCACUCAAGCCUCCAGGACUGCACCCACGUCUGACUCUCCUGCCUUGGUGUCUGUGCCUCCUGCAACAGUUGUGUCUUCUGGAGUGGUCCAAAGUUCUGACUCUGAACAGAAUUCUCCUAACACUACUCCUUGGCAUGCACUAAAGCAGUUGUCUCCCAAACCAGAGCACCAUGGUCUUAGCAAGGAUAGGAAAGUGUUGGGUGAUAAAAGAAUUGGAAAAGCUGAGGAACACCUCACUCAGCUCGAUUCAGGCAUGAUAAGGACACCACAGAGGGUGGAAGCAAUCGAUUUUCCUGGGAAACCUUUGCAGACGACUGUUCCUUCUGAUCAAAAAUCCAAGAAAAAACUAACUGAGAGGCACCACAUGCAAAGCGGUGACAUGUGUGAGGCAGAGGACUCUACAGAGAGGCACCCUCUAUUCAGAAAGUCCCCACAGCUUCACAGCACAAGGGUAGAACAGGAAGAAAGUUUUGUUAACUCUUCACUUACUGCUUGUCAAUAUGAUGGUAAUUCAACAUGUGACACCCCCUCUAGAAUGGAAGCCAGCUCUGUUUUGGGAAAGACCUCUCUUUUAGAUGGUGAGGGCUCAGGCAUAGAUGACUCCACUCACUUUGACAACAGCUUUCACAUGAGAGAGGACAGCUCUCAGUUUGACAGCACCUCAUAUGCUGAAGAGGAGCCAUCUACUGCAUUCGACAGCACUAGAGAUAGCAGCUGCUUUCUGGAAGACUCCAGAGAUGACAUGUUGGACUCCACUAAGGAAAAAGAAACCACGAACCGUUGCCAAGUCACAGGGGACUCCAUGCUGGAGUCUUCUCUAAACACCACCUCUCAAAUGGAAGUGAACUCUGUCGACUCAAGUGAGGUGUCCGACUCGCAGUCAUGUGUACAAUCUCAGCCUGGUUCUCAAGGACUUGAAACAGAGUGGGAGCCCAGAGGACACAAUACACCAGACUCAGUUGGACGGAUUAGCAUUAAGACCGCUGCUAAUGAGAUGACUCCCCUGAGAUUCAAGAUGAGAGAUGAGACCUUUAUGGCCUUCAGUACCCCAGCAGAGAACCCAGCUGUACACUCAUUCCAACCAGUAACUGACCAAACUGUGUCAGCCGCUGAAGGACACUUGAAAACCCCAGCAAAACCACGCAAACCUCGAGCUCCAAAGGCAAUAUGGAUUAAAACCACAGCUCCUGUGGAAUCCCAGCGGAAGCCCAGAGUUCGAACUCUUAAAGUGGAGAAGGUCAAGACUGAUGAGGAACGAGACAGUAAAGAGGAGGAGCCCAAGGGCAGGAGGAGGAGGAAGUCACUCAAGAUGGAUGUACAAGAAACAUCAGGUGUAUCUGGAGAGGCUGGGUCCUCCACAGAGGCGGCUGAUUCAAUCACAGCCACGAUUGAAGCUGUUUUGGCCAACGCUUCGGCUAUUAACACAGCAGCUGAGAAACCCAAGAAGGCAAGAAGGGUCAAGAAACAAGACCAAGAAGGAAAUGCGGUAAAAACGGCUAAACAAGAUACAGAAAUGACUGCUGAUGAUGUUGAAGAAAAUGACGAUGACAGCUCUACUGCAGGUGAAUCUAACAAACGGAGGGUUGCAACAGAAGAACAGGUCCAGUUCCCUCUGCUGCAUGGUUGGAAGAGGGAGAUUCAUGUGAAGAAAAUGGAGAACCGUAUGAAGGGUGAGACUUGGUAUUACACACCUUGUGGAAGGAGGAUGAAGCAGUUUCCUGAAAUAGUCAAGUACUUGAAGAAACACACUGACAGUGUGGUCACCAGAGAACAUUUCAGCUUCAGCCCACGAAUGCCUGUCGGGGACUUUUAUGAAGAGAGAGAAACUCCUGAGGGUAUGAAGUGGAUCCUCUUGGCUAAUGAGGAGGUUCCCUCUAUGAUCAUGGCCAUCACUGGCCGGCGAGGUCGACCUCCAAACCCUGAUAAAGAGAGACCCCGCAGAGUUCGAGGCCUGAAGGGAGGGCAGGCCCGCCGGCCCGGUAGACCUCCCAAACCCAAGAUGAUUGACCUCCUUAGCAAAGUGGAUGCCAAGCUGUUAAAGCGACUUGAGGCCAAGGAAGCUCUUACUGAAGAGGAAAAGGAGAAACUUGCAAAAAUCAAAAAGAAAAUGAAGAGAAAGGCAAGAAUGAAGAGAAGGCAGGAUGCUAAAAUUAAGAAAAUGAAAGAGGAAAGAAAGAAAGCCAAGCUUGAGCAAGAGACAAAAGGUGUAGAGGUGAAGACUGAACCAAUAGACCUGAUGACCCCAGAGGUCACACAGCCAGCAUCAGAGUGUGCAGCAGAGCCCAAGAAGCCUGGCCGCAGAAGGUCAGUCAAGGUAGAGGCUACUCCACCAGUACAGCAGACCGACGAGGAGAGGAUAGCCCAGGGUAAGAGGGUGCUAGGUGCUCGGAGUAAAGCCAAGGCUCUGGCUAAAGCACAGGCAGAGGCAGAGGCGGCAGCUCAGGCUGCUCUGGCAGCUAAGAGGGCAGCGGAGAGGAGAGCGCAAGCCCAGAGACGUAUGGAGGAAAGGAAGAGGCAGCAGCUGAUUGCAGAGGAGCUGAAGAAGCCUACAGAGGACAUGUGUCUCACUGACCACAAACCCCUGCCAGAGCUGUCCCGUAUCCCUGGUGUCGUUCUUUCUGGAACAGCCUUUGCACACUGCCUGGCUGUGGUUGAGUUCCUACAUGGCUAUGGGAAGGUUAUCGGUCUCAAUAUACCCAAAGACGCACCCAGCCUUGCUACCCUACAGGAGGGCCUCCUAGGCCUGGGCGACAGCCAAGGAGAAGUCCAGGACCUACUGAUAAAGCUGGUGGAAGCUGCACUCCAUGAUCCAGGCCUGCCAUCAUAUUAUCAGUCUGUAAAGAUCCUGGGGGAAAAGCUGGUUGAGCUAGAACUAACCCGCAGCACAGUUUCAGAAGUACUUCGUAUCUUUUUGGAGUCUCACGGUUAUGAGACAGAGGUGUGCAACACACUGAGGACCAAAACAUUUCACGCCCUGCCUCCUGACACCAAGGCAGCAAUCCUGGGUUUCCUGGUGGAAGAGCUUAACAGCAGUAACACUGUGACCAGUAACAUUGACAACACGCUGGAAAACAUGGCAACCUACAGGAAGAACAAGUGGAUCAUUGAGGGGAAGUUGCGCAAACUGAAGGCGGCACUAGCGCGUCGUACAGGACGCUCUGAGGAAGAGCUGUGUUUUGAUGAGAGGAGGCGCAGUGCCAGAGUGGCCGAGGAUGAGAACCUCAGUCUGGAGGAGAGUGGUCUAGUCCUGGAGAGAGGCAACCGCCGUGCACUCAAGGAAGAGCCCAAACUGAGCGAUAGUGAGAGUCCUACCACCGCCAGCAUUCCAGAGCUUGAAAGGCAGAUAGAUAAAUUAACCAAGCGCCAAGCGUUUUUCCGUAAAAAGCUGUUACAGUCAUCUCAUUCCAUGCGGGCCAUAUUACUGGGCCAGGAUCGUUAUCGACGAAGAUACUUGGCCUUACCUCAGCUCGGAGUAGUUCUGGUCGAGGGGCCAGAGGAGCUGUUAACUUCAGUAGAUGUCCUUGUAGCUGAGGUGCCAGUCACCUUUCUCAAAAAGGAGCCCAAAGUUGAGGACACCCCCAGGCCUACCACUCCCCCUCCUACUCUAGCCUCUUCUGUUACCCUGCCCCAGAUCUUGUCUCCAGAGGAGGACCCCCUCCCUGGCACUGCAUCCCUCAUGAGCAGGCCAAGAGGACGCGGUCGCCCCCGAAAAAUUAAACCAGAAGUGGAGCUUCAUCUCCGCACAGCAAAGAUCCGUCGCCACCGCCGCCGAAGCAGUGUCAGGUCUCGAGGUGAAGAGGGGCCAGGAUCACCAAACAGUGGCAUACAAGACCUCACGCAGGCUGCUUUCCAGAGCUGGCUCAGCCAGUCACAGGAAACGCUGACCAACGGCACAUGCUCUGCGGCAGGAGAAGCUCCAGAGGGAAAACGACCAGAGGCGAGUGUGAAAGACAUGGCAGAGAAACAGGGACAGUGGUUCAACCUGCUCCCCAAACAGCCAUGUGAUGAUAACUCCCUCACCGAGCCCCAGAUACCCACUUCUCCCAGCUCACCCCCUAAACUCCACCCUCAAAUCCCAAGCGCUCUGCCUGCACUUGCUGCUCCACUCAUGCAGGCAGACCCGUACUUACCUGAUUUGGCUCCUGCUGACCCUGUGGCCCCACCAACACCACCGGACAUUCCCCCCACACCUCCUGCGUCCGCUGUGCUUGUUGGUGCUCCACCAUCACCACAACCCCCUCAGCUUCUUCCAGCUCCUAUUGCUGCUGCUCCGACAACUCCCGUUAAGCCAGGUCGCAGGCGGAGGAGAGGCAGCAGAGGCAGCAGUCCUGCACGCAGGGGGCCUCGAGGAGCUGCAGCUAAACGCCGUGGCCGCCCACCCAACUCUGUGUUCCAGGAGCUUGAACAGCAGUACUUCACCCAGCUAGUGGUCAAGCCCAUUCCAGCAUCAAUGGUGCGUGGCUGGUGGUGGAUCAAGGAUCCAGAUGAACUGUAUAGCACCUUACAGGCCCUCCAUCCAAGAGGCAUCAGAGAGAAGGUGCUCCAUAAGCAUUUGGCUAAACACAUGGAGAGCCUAGCCGAGAUGUGCACCAAACCUAUCGAUGACCCGAUAUUUGAGCUGAAGGUAGAGCAGAAAGAUGCACUAAUGGAGGCGCUGCAGCAGCCAUGGCAAGUUCAGGAGAAGGCUGUGGAGACUGACAUCAAUGCCCUGCAGUGGGUGGAGGACCUGGAACAGAGGGUAAUCGCUGCUGACCUCCAUCUGAAAGCACCUCCCCAGAGCGCACUGAAUGAUGCCGAACUCAACACAGAGACAUCGGUGGCAGAAUUUCAGCCCUACACAAUCCCAGACCCCGACUCCACACGGGAUGACCUCCAGUACUACGAACAUGACGCUGACCCACGUGAUGACUGGAUUGUGCGAACUAAGAAAGAGUGGUCUGGCCUGCCUCGUAUCGCUACACACCCGCUGGACCUGGCUGUGCUGCGACUGGCCAAUCUUGAGCGAAACAUUGAGAGGCGCUACCUGAAGGAGCCACUGUGGAACCCAGCUGAAGUGAUGCGCCUUGCUCCUCUCACCCCUACACCAGGAGAAGAUCAUCCCAUGGAUGUCAUUAGUUUGGAAAGUGAAAUCACCUCACGACUACGAACGUGGCGGCAGGCUCUAGAUCGCUGCCGCAGCGCUCCUCAGCUCUGUCUGUGUUUACUGCAGCUGGAGAAGGCUAUUGCUUGGGAGAGAUCUGUGACUAAAGUGACUUGCCUGGUUUGCAAGAAGGGAGACAAUGACGAGUGCCUGUUGCUGUGUGACAGCUGUGAUCAUGGCUGUCACAUGUACUGCCUGAGGCCCAAAAUCAUUCAGGUGCCAGAGGGAGACUGGUUUUGUCCGACCUGUGUCGCCAAGGCGGAAGGUGAAACACAGCGCUCUUUCAACACCAGAACCAGGGUAAAAAAGAGAAGAUAUGAAGAUGACAGCUCUGAAGAUGAGAUGACACCACGACGUAGUGGCGGCAUGACAACGCGGCACAAGGACAACACGGCACCUUCCUCAUCUUCUCGUUACUCUGGAGAAGGGGCCAGCGCUAAACGUCGUCGCAUGACAACCCGCAACCAGCCCGACCUCACCUUCUGCGAGAUCAUUCUAAUGGAGAUGGAGUCUCAUGCAGAUGCCUGGCCGUUCCUUGAACCUGUUAACCCCCGAUUGGUGCCAGGCUACCGCCGCAUUGUCAAGAACCCCAUGGACUUCCUCACCAUGAGGGAGAGACUGCUACAGGGAGGGUACUGCAGCUGUGAGGAGUUUGCAGCAGACGCUCAGUUGGUCUUCAACAACUGUGAGCUGUUCAAUGAGGACACGUCGGAGGUGGGAAUGGCUGGACACUCCAUGAGGCGUUUCUUUGAGAGCCGCUGGGCGGAGUUCUACUCAAAUAAGGACAAAUAAGAGCCUAUGACGUUCCCCCUGAUGGUGGGGCUGUAGACUGUUGGUGCUUUCACCGUCCCAGUCACACACUCUCCAUUACUGCUAAGACUGUCUGGAGCUUCUUCCAGCCCACAUGUAUUCUCUCAUGUAUAGGUAGGUAUGUAUAGAAUUUGGCUAUUGUCUGUUAUUGUUUCCUCUAUCAGCUUAACCUUUUCAAGGCGCUCAGCUGAACCAGCGUGAACUUGUACCCAUUCCCCGUCACAGAGAGUGAGAACAUGUCUCUCUCCACUUUGCCUUCCUUCUUUCAUGUCUCCCCAUCCUCACCUCAGCACCUCAUCUCCCGCCUGCAUCUUUCUGUCACGUCCUUUCACGAGCCCCAUGUUGUAGCGAGGCAUUUGGUCGAGCCCUGCUGUGGGGUGAUUACACAGUCUCAGGCCCUGAAUAUCUUAGCUCUCAAACUCGUACUGAAGGUCAGGGACUGAUCACACAAUUGCAGCCUCACUGCUGCCUACUGGACCUGCUUAUCACCACUCAAUGACAAAAUGGGUCAGAACUCUUCACGGAGCUUGGGCCAUUUCUUACCUGUUCAGUGGAAAUGUAAUGUAAUGUGGUCUUAUGCCUAGAAGUAAUUUUUUUGCUCAAUAUAUUUUUAUUAUAUAUUCUAUAUAUAAAUAUAUAUAAAGAUUACAAUAGCUGGGAUUAUUUAAUAGCAAUAGCUUGUAGUGAAUGUGUACAGAUUACCUUAUAGAGAUGUCUAGACAAUUUAUGAAAAGGCCAGUUAAACUAAAAGGAUUCUGUUCUUGGACUGUCACAAGUAGACGUUGUAUAACCUCCACUUAACGUCUCACACGCACAAAUACACACCAACAUGCACACACAACAUGCACAUGAUUUAAAAACACAUGCCAACCUUCUGCUGCUGUGUGAACGACACUGGUUUCUGAAACUGGAGGAUUUUUUUUAGCAUUGGUCAGUCAGUCUGGGCGUAGACUCUUAUAUUUCCAUGUUCUUCAUGUUAGUAGUAUGAGCUGGUUACACCUGGUCUGUGUCACAGGUGAGAGGACGCCACUAUAGUUUUAGCACCUGUCAAGUAGUCGUGUUAGAGAAGCCACAGCUCACACUUUUUAGUUUCGUUCUUAUUUGUUCAAGGCAAAAUACUGUUGGCAACUUUGCAACUGCAAUUGGUGUGAAGUUUGUCUGACCAGGUGAAUACAUCUACAGGUGGUUAUGUUCAAGGCUAAAAUCCUCUCUGAUAAUGAAGUACUGGGCACAUUCCUGGUUUUCUGUCCUACAUUCCUUUUUAAUGUUUUUUUUUUUUCCGUGCUGUACAAGGGCCAACGUACGAUGUUGCGCGGCAUGUUGAGUGUGCUAUGAAGGCGACAGGAUGACUCCACCGUCUGGGUUUUAUUUAACUUGUUUCUUACACUGUACUCAUACUCAAAUCCAUUGACAGGAAAUAAACGUUGUUCCUUAUUACACUUUAAGGGACAAGAUGUUUUUUCAAAAAAGAUAUGAAAACCAAAUGUGGUGUUAAGUGAAUUUUUAAUAAUGUACAGUUUUGGUGACUUUAAAUUUGUUCCUUUCUAUUUUUAGGACCAAUUCAUCAUUUUUAAGAGGAGGUAUUACAAGACUUUGUUGUAUUAAGGUGAUGUAACACGUGUGCAUCUGUAGAAUGUACUGUGAGUUGAAUAAAUACCACAUAUAGUAGAGAGUA